GGAUGGUGUUUUGUGUUUACAUUCUAUGUGAUUCGAACACCGUGCACGAUGGACGAAGCCGACGACGACGUGCUGUUUAAUCUGGAUGAACCAACAAGCCCCAAAGCGAAGAAAAUACUGUCAGAACUGUUCACGCAGGUUACUGGGGUUGUAUACAAUGACGGUAACUCUGAACAAGAUGCUGCGAAAGCGGAAAUGAGUACCAAGAAUGUGGGUCUGGAGGGGAAAGCAAAGAAGUCUAUAGCUACUAAGGCGUCACCAGGUAAAUCAGCUCAACCGGACAAAAAGUAUUUGAAUACAAAACAAGGGAGUUCGGAUAAGUCAAGGGGUAUAGGAGGAGAGCCAGCGAAUGAAUUGGCGAAGGCUACUCAAGUUGCUCACAGAGAGGAACACAUCACUCCUGUCGAUAAGAACACAAUUGGGUCUAGUGUCGGGAGGGAUAUAUUAAGUAAUCAAAAUAAUACUACCAAUGCACAAAUUAAACCGCCAACCAGCACCGACCAUAAAAUAGUCGAUGAUGUUAGCCAGACUGUAUCCAAGGUCAAAGUUGAUUCUCCGCUAUCGAGAGCAAAGAAAAGCGCGAAACAGAUGAACCCGAGUAGGAGAUCGCCAAUGAUCGAUAAGGCAUCUUCGACAUUGAACAGAACAACGACGGAUAUAUCUGGGCAUGUAUUGGAAGAAACGGCACCUAAAACAAUGUCUGAACUCCUCGCUGCCGAUGUUUUAGACGUAAAAGCGCUGCGGAAUCUUAUCGCAAGAUCUGG